AUGGUUGGAAAAUUUCCUGUAUCAUUACCAUUUCCAGAAGAUUCAUUAUCAUCUCCAGCAUAUUUAACAUUCCUAACAAUGCAAUGUGAAAGAAUUUUAUCGCUUGUUGGUAAUAAAACAGCGGCUGCAGGUGGUCAAGAAGUAUUACCAGUAUUUUUUCAAGAAUUAUUAGCAAGAGCGAAUUUAACAUUACGUGUACCAAAAAAAAUGGAUGAUUGUAUACUACAAAUUCAAAAUUUAAACAAUAAAAAUAGUAUCAAUAAAAGUGAAGAAUCUAAUACAAAAAUUUAUGAUAUAGAAGAAUAUACACCUUCAUUACUUGUAUUUGUUAUUCUGAUUGGAAUCGUUUCAUUAAUAUCAAUUAUUGGAAAUAUAUGUUUGGCUAAAGUUCUUUAUUCGAAACGUUUUCGUCUUAUUCAAACUGAUCGAAUUGUUUUAUGUCUUGCAUUAAGUGAACUUUGUUUAGUCAUAAUUGAUUCACCAACAGAAAUAUAUCGAUUUAUUUCAUCUUCAUUUACACAAGAAUGGCUUUGUCGAUUUCACACAUUUUUUGAAGCAUUAUUUUCAACAUGUAUUAUAUUUUAUCACUUAUUAGGUGCAUUUGAUCGAUUUGUUUACAUUCAUGGACAUACAUCAUCAAGAACAUCAUCAUGGUCAAAAUGGUGUCGUCGUGUUUCAACAAAAUCUGGUUCCAUAAUUCUUUUAAUUUUACCAAUAAUAUGUAGUUUACCAUUAGCUAUAUGUAAUAUGCUUCAUGCAAAUAUUUUACCAAAAUAUUUUACAAAGAAAUCAUGUAUUGUACAAUAUACAAAUAAGAUCUUAAUAAGUGUAUUAAUAUCAUUUUACAUCUUACCAAUAUUCUUAGCAUUUUUUCUUCAUGCAAAAUUAAUUUAUUUUAUUCGUUCAAGACAUAAUCAACGUUAUUUAACUAAACGAGCAUAUAUAUUACCAACCAAACGUAAUAAUACAGCAGAAACUCAUGUACAAAAACGUUCAAAUAAACAUAAUGUUUUAUCACAUGAACAUUUACAUUUAACACCUAAACAAUCAUCUCAUCGACGUCUUGUAUUAAGUAAUAGUGAAACAGCUGGUUCAACAGCAACAACAAUAACAAUGGGAGCUGCACAAUUAACACCUUUAAAUUCUAAUCCAAAUAAUUCAUCACAAUCAUCACAAUCAAGUCGAUCAUCAACAGCAACAAGUUCAACAUCAAUAUCAUCACCAAUUAUUCUUUAUCAAAUCAAUUCUCAAGCAAAUGCAAAUGCUAAUCGUACAGUUUUAUUGCUUGUUCUUCUAUUAUCAUUUUAUGUUCUUUGUUGGGCACCAUAUAAUAUUUAUACAUGGCAUCAUGUAUAUCAAAUAACACCAAGAUCAUUAUCACCAUUAAAUCGUACAAUAAAUCCAUUUGCUGUAUCAUCAUCAUCUAAUGAACAUAAUCAAACAUUAUCAAUACUUACAUUAAAUAAUCGUAAUACGGAUUUACGUCGAUUUAUAUUUAUUAAUUAUUCAUUAUAUCUUUUAUCAAUGAUAUCAAUGUGUUUUAGUUUUAUAUUUUAUUUUGCACUUAAUAAACAAGCAAGACAACAAUUUUCACAUCUUAUUGGAUGUAUUUGUCCAUGGACUGUUUCAAGACAAAAUGAACAAAAAAGACAAAAUUUUUUAAAAGAAGAUCAUAAUGCAAUAAGACGAUUAAAUUAUCGUGGAAGAUAUCAUACACAAUAUCCAUAUUUAGAUGAACGAGUGAAACGUGCUCGACCUUUAUUACUCAAUGAUCGAUAUAAUCAUACAAAGAAACAAGCAUAUCCACAAAAUGGAGCAUCAAAACGAAUGGUACUUAAUUAUGGUUGUCAAGUUCAAUGUUGUCCAUAA